AUGCUCCCUCUGAUGGCAGAUCAGCACACCACGGAAAGCAUCGCGAAUGCUCGACUGGUCCAUCAGGCGGCGCCGCCUCCGCCGCCGCCUCCGCCACCUCCGCCGCCUCCACGACCCACACAGGGAGCGGCGCUGCCUUUGAUCUCGCAGUCGGCAGUCGGCAGCUGUGCUCCCCGCCGUUCUCUCUCAAUGUGUCCGGCGCACAGUAACGAAGAGAAACACUUAAGACGCAGUCAGUCUGACCUGCAGACGUCGCUGAAGCGGGCGACUAGGCAGUGGAUUCGAACCGAUGCGUCGCGUCCGGGUAGCGGCCUGAGUUCGCGAGUGAACUGGGCGUCGUCCUCGUCGGACCGGCGCGGUGGCGACGUCACGGCGUGCGGGAGGCGUCGCCGGCGCUGCGUGCACGGCCGCGGAGCCACUGGCGGCGGCGCGGCGCGGCCCCCGGAGGCGGCAGGCGGCGAGCCGCCCCCGGCCCUCUGCGCAGGCGCGCCAGACGGGGCGCCUCCGGCCCCCGCCUCCGCGCAGCGCUCCGGUCCGCUCUCCGGCGGCCGCGCGGCUUUCGCCACGGUCGAUGUCCGCCACCGCCGGCCGCAGGACUCGUCGGCGCGUAGGCCCGCCUGCCGCCUCCCGCCUCCGUCGCGUGCCGCGGUGAGGGUCAGACCGCGUAGGAUGUGA